GUUGGUGAGUGGCUGGAGGAGGGAAUUAAAGAGGAUCGCACUAGCUACACGUUCUGUACGUGAUCAGUUCUUGUAUCGUUUGAUUUCUGUGGGCGACGAGGGAGGAAUACGUCGCUAGUCUUCAUAGGGAGCCUCAGACGAGCGGUUGUGUCGUUGUUCAACUUGUCAUUUUUCAAAAGAUGGCAGAAAAACGCAGUAGCAGUGCCGUACAUAGUGAAAGCAAGAAAAAAAAACCAAGGCGUGAGCAGAAGUACAGAGAUGUUUGGGAAAAAGAAUUUCCAUGGUUAAGACCAUCCAGUAAAGACUUGUAAAGCACAGUGUAAAACAUGUGGUGUUGAAAUUACUGCGCAGUUAACAACAAUAAAGCUUCAUGAGAAAAGCGUGAAGCAUCAGAAUAUGUGUGCAACAUAUAGUUCAACAAAAACUAUAGCAGAGGCGUUUACCAGUGCACAAUCUAGCAAGGGAGAUUCAGUUAAUUAAAGCUGCUGAAAUCAAGCCCCAUGCAAAUGCAGAUUGCGAAAGAUGUUUCUCAGACAUUAAUAGAAUGAAAUCUAACGACAGAAAUAAACUAAAAACAGAAUCAGUGAGAGACAUUAUCUUAGCUAAACAAUCCGUAACAAGCCAAGGAAACUGCACCUCAUUCGUACCAUCCAGGAGCAUAAGAAGUAUGACUUCGAAAGUAUUAUAUCCUACGGAUAAAGAAAGUGACCAAAGCUACCCACAAAUCUAUGGGGUCUCAGCCAUCGACUUAUAAAUUAGUGACUUCAAGACAAGACCAAGACCAAGAGCCACCACAACAAACCCUGACAUAAUUAUCCCACUGCUGCACUGCCCGCGCCUCCACUCCCAGCGAGUGCUGCUCCCACACCAACUCCGCUCCCUGGACGUGCCCACCUUCGACCUGCCCACGCUGCUGGCGGCGGCAGGCGUGCACCCCUCGCGGCAGGAAUCUGCCAUCCGCCUCACCUGCGCCUUCCUCAGGAAGACGGGGCAGCUGACGUGCCUGUGAAGCCCUCACAGAACGACACCAGCAUGUGGGCGACUAGAUCGCAGCGGCCCAAAACAACAACAUAAUUAUACAAACUCGUCACGGGGAACAGACUCUUCGUGACCCAAACCAGCACCCCCCCUGCCACCCUGCCCCCACCACUGCCACCUGCCCCUGCCAUGGGUCACAGGGUACUUUGAGAAUCAAUAAAGGAUGCCACCUCACAAGCAAGUUCCAAGUUUGCAAUCAUCUACCUUGAAACUGGUUGCAUACCUACUCCGAAGACUGUGUUGUGACUGGAAUGUAUCUACAGAUAAACUACAGUCUGUUAUUGACCACAUACAAGUCCAUAUUCCCCCUCAAAUUCAAGCAUUAGUAUGUCGCACAGUACUUCAAUAUAGUACAAAUAAGAUUGUAUUUCCUGAGCUACUCAACCAGAAGUACUUAAUGUUGUGCACACAGCUACAUGCAAAGUAUCUUUGGAUCAAUAACAGUCAGGCACUUGUGCCCCUGCUGAAGGAGCUUGAUGGGUACAGUGUGCAGAUACUUAAGAUGGUUGGUUCCAACAGCGAGGAUAUAUAUUUGGAAAGUUACAUGUAUGGAUUUCAGAAAGGAGCUCAGCUUGAGGGUCUUUACCAUUUUCUGAGAACACUGAGUAAUUUAACAAUGCUCAAAUGUUCUCAGAUGUGUGAUAAUUAUAUGCUUGAAAUUAUUUCCCAAUCCUGCCCUCAUUUAGAAGAUCUUAGUAUUGAAAUGUGCACUGAUGUUGAUGAUGAAGGGGUCUUUUACCUUGCUGGUCACUUGCCAACUCCUGACACAUAUUCCAGAAUAAGAAGAGGGGCACAGAUACCAUCAAAGUCUGUUUGUACGAAACUUAAGAAAGUUAAUUUUGAUUACACUAUGGCUUCUACUGCAAGUGCUGUAAUGUUGUUGCAUCUAUGUCCUCUUGUUGAAGAACUCAAUGUUACACCUGAUGUGAAAAUUGAAGAUGUAUUCACAACAUUACAUGGCAGUGAUCCUGAGAGAUACCCAGAGGUGAAAGCCAAAUAUACUCUUAAGGUGAUCCAUACUUAUACAGAAAUUGAUGAGAAUGAAUUGGCACUAAUUGUUAGGACUUGUCCACACUUAGAAGAUGUUACCUUGAGGUGUAAUGGAGUAGAAAGAAAGGACAGAAACUUAUUAGCCAAUCUUUUGAGUUUGAAAAUCAUAACUUUGAAUGUAAUGAACUGCAAUAUGCUUGCCUUGUUGUGGUACCUGAGUCAGAGGGGUGAUCAUUUGCUGAGUUUAACUAUUCAGCAUCUGACAAAUUCACCAGCAAAUUUAACAUUUACUAGAACUCAUCUGCAAAAAGUAAUUCAAACAUGCCCCAAGUUGCAAAAGUUCACCCUAAAACUUAACAAUAAUCCCAUGCAACCUGACUUGCCUUACUCUUCAUUUGGGUCCCAAAUGUCAUACUUCCAGUCCUUGUCUCAUUUGAUGCUGGAAGGUGCAGCAGUUACUCCUGAGGACCUCACAGUCUUAGUGGGUAAGUGCAAAAAACUUACUGAAUUGCAUAUACUCAUUCAUAACCUAGAUAUGUUGAAUGACCAGGUUCUGUAUAGCCUUUUGGACUCUGGCAGUCUGGAAAGCUUACAAACUCUUUUUCUCUACAGACCAAUGUUAACAUUGGCAGGCCUUAAGAGGUUGUUAGAUAGAUGCCCACACUUGCACACUUUGGGUCCUAUUUCAUCUUGGGCCAUAGAGAAAAAGGAUCGUGAAGCGCUCAUGAAGGAAAUAAGGUUAAACAAUUGGGACUUGAAUAUAGAGAGUCCUGAAAUGAUGCAUCUGAUUAUUCAAUAAAGUCUGGCAUUGGGCAAAUAAAUGGGUCCACAGAAAACUCACCAAAUGUGAAUUUGCCAAAUGCAAAUAACUGAAACAAUAGGAAAAACUUUAAUUGGUACCAGAUUCCCAGGAGAGCCAACCUUUUCUUGCUUAUUAGGUGGCUUAAAACCUCAACUUUUGGGGUGUCUUAUCUUGCAUCGUGUAUUUGGUGAAUUUUUUUCCCACACGAUUCUCAUAUUUUGGCUUUUUUUCCUUCCAUUCUGAGGUUUAUCUUUGUCAUCAUUCCUCUCCAUCAUUCCUCACAGCAGUGGUAGAGGCUUUGGACAUCAUGUUACACUCAGCAGAUUGCAGUGGGUUAGACCAUCAGGAUUGGGGAAAUUGUAACAAUUUUGUAAAUUAGUGUAAAUUAUGUAUGUAAAUAUGGUGCUGGGCUAAUUAUAGUAAGAGGUGGUGUGCAACAUGCUAUCACAUGCAGCAGGGCUCAUCACAAUUGUCUGAAACAUUUUGUCUGGUGGCACAAUGUCAUUAACAUGGUGUCUUUGUAUCUGAGAACUUGUAUUGUAAUACAGUAUAUGAUUGGCAGGGAAAUGCACCAAAAAAAGUCAGAGAUUAAGCAUAUCCUAGAGGGAAAAAAUUUGUCAAAUGCAAGGAUUUGGUUGCCAUAUACAAUUUAAUGUUGUCUGGGGGGUAAGUAAUUGCCAAAUGGGAAAAUAUGGUCACCAUACAAAUAUUAAGGUAGUAAAUGAUUGGUGUUGUCAAAUGCAAAUUUGUCAAAUCUGAAUGUGAAUAUGUAUGCCAAAUGUGAAACUUUACUACACACACACACACACACACACACACACACACACACACACACACACACACACACACACACACACACACCGCUCUGGUAGCUCAAUCGGCUUUGGGGAGGCGGUGGCUGAAUCGACAGAGUAACAGCACCGCGUUCAGGAGGACGCGAGUUCAAUCCCCGCCCGGUGCCACCAAGCUGGGAUUUUUCAGCCGCCGCCGAGUGGCUUAAAACUACCCACAUGCUGUCCAGAAGACCACCUAUCAACCCGGACUCUAGAUUCUAGGAUUAAAGAUGAGCUCCGGGAGGGCAGCAUGAGCUAAUGCAAGAUGGCGCCACUAUAAACACUCGCCUGCGCCAGAACGGGCUGGGCCGACCAUCAGGACCCACCGGGAAGAACCCUUGGGCCGACCAUCAGGCCCCACCGGGAAGAA